AUGUAUCUAACUAUCCGAAAUAUACCUUCUUACCACCCUAGGUGUAACAAGCUGCACUCGGUAGUGAAUGGAAACGAGGAGUUGUUAGAUCCAGAAUGGAUCCGACUGGCUGAUCAAGUUGGCAACGAAUGGCUAGAGAACAUGAAAGAAAUUGCAAUUUUGAUUGGCUCUUCGCUCAAGGAUGGCGAGCGUCAGGACGAGGAACUGAAAAGGAAUACAGUGGAUUUUGACCAGUUAUGCAAGGCCGGGAAACUGUGGUUGACCAACAUGACGAACUCUGUCGAGAAUGAAGAUGGGAAAUUCAUGCUGAUCGUAUGUUCUAGAAAGCUUCUAUAUUAUUUAACAAAUUUAAACAUUUUUCCGUAUUGAUAUCAACACGAGUGGAAAUUGGGAAAACGAGAAAUUGUGUGGGAACACGACGCCCGAAGGGCGAGUGUUUUCACACAAUUUCGAGUUUUCCCAAUUUUCGCGAGUGUUGAUAUAACUGUAUGUCAAUACGGAAAAAAUGUUUUAUAUUUGUUUUAUUGGUUCAGUUAUUAUCCUAAUUAGUUCCAAUUAAUUUCUUAAUUAGGUGAGCGAUCUUCACUCGACGAUGUUAAGAUGGAUGAUCACCGUCCUACUCCGUCUUGCCCCGGAUGUUGAAGACUGCGAUCUCGAGGAGAUUGGUACUGAGGAUGAUCUUAAGGGGGCUCUGGGUGGAGGAGAGAUUCUCAUGGAAUCAACCUCGCAGGAGAUCAAAACCCGGGCGGGUCGUUUAGCCGAGGACUUGAGAACAUAUUCAAAGGUGAUUAUGAUGGUGAUUAUGAUGGUGGUGAUGAUGAUGGUGGUGGUGAUGGUGGUGAUGAUGAUGAUGGUGAUGACGAUGGUGGUGAUGAUGUUAAUGGUGAUGUUG